GCCUCAGCUGGAUGUCUUUUGAAGAUAAUGUUGAUUGUCUAUGUCUGGCGAGAUACUUGGACCAACAAGAGACUUUUUUUUUUUUUUUUGUCCUUACCAUAACUUAACAUUUCUGUUCCUUGUUUGAAUGGGGCUGGGCAGUUCCAUGUGAAUUCUUUCUCUCUUUUUCAAAUACCUUUUACCUUGUGAAGUUCUAGACCUUUGGGAAAAAUGGAGAACUCUCCAAAGGAAACCGUUGUGGAGAGCAGUGGGCCGAAGGUUUUGGAAACAGCUGAAGAGAUCCAGCAGAGACGUCAGGAAGUGUUGACUCGGUACCAGAGGUUCAAGGAACUGGUUGCUGAGAGGGGUCAGAAGCUUGAAGAGUCCUAUCAAUACCAGGUUUUCAGGAGAGACGCAGACGACUUGGAAAAGUGGAUCUUAGAGAAACUCAAGAUUGCUGGCGAUAAGAGCUAUGAAGACCCAACCAAUAUACAGGGGAAAUAUCAAAAGCAUGAAGCCUUCAAAGCAGAGGUGGAAGCAAAAUCAAGAGCCAUCCCUAAUCUGGAAGAAACUAGGGAAGUCCGAUUUUCUGAGGGUCAUUUUGCCCAUGAGGACACCAAGGUCCAUCUGGAGGAACUGCGCCGUCUGUGGGACCUGCUGUGGGAGCUGACCCAGGAGAGGGGUGCUUUGCUGCUGCGGGCCCUGAAACUCCAGCAGUACUUGCAGGAGUGCGAUGACAUCUUGGAGUGGAUCAAAGACAAGGAAGCUAUUGUAACAUCAGUGGAGCUGGGUGAGGACUGGGAGCGCACAGAAGUUCUGCAUAAGAAGUUUGAAGAGUUUCAAGUGGACCUAGCAGCUCGAGAGGGAAGAGUGGAUGGAGUGAACCAAUAUGCUAAUGAGUGUGCCAAGGAGAACCAUCCUGAGCUGGCUUUGAUUCAGUUCAAGCAAGAUGAGGUGAACGAAGCCUGGGAGCGUCUCCAUGGCCUGGCUCUCCAGAGACGGACAACCCUGUCCAAUGCUGCAGACCUUCAGAGAUUCAAAAGGGAUGUGACAGAAGCCAUACAGUGGAUCAAGGAGAAGGAGCCUCUACUCACUUCGGAGGACUAUGGCAAAGAUCUUGUUAGCUCUGAGGCACUGUUUCACAGUCACAAGGGGCUGGAGAGGAACCUCGCAGUCAUGGAAGAUAAGGUGAAGGAGUUAUGCGCCAAAGCAGACAAGCUGAUGCUUUCCCACCCUUCAGAAGCACCACAGAUCCAGCAUAUGAAAGAGGAUCUGAUCGCCAACUGGAAGCACAUCCGGGCCUUGGCUACCAGCAGAUACGCAAAACUACAGGCUUCUUAUUGGUAUCAGCGGUUCUUAUCUGACUACGAUGAGCUCUCAGGCUGGAUGAAGGAGAAGACUGCUCUGAUCAACGCUGACGAGCUGCCGACAGAUGUGGCUGGGGGCCAGGCCCUGCUGGACAGGCAUCAGCAGCAUAAGCAUGAGAUCGAUUCUUACGAUGACCGAUUCCAAUCAGCUGAUGAAACUGGUCAAGCCUUACUAGACGCCAAUCAUGAAGCCUCCGAUGAAGUUCGGGAAAAGAUGGCAAUACUUGCUAACGACUGGGCUGCCCUGCUGGAGCUGUGGGACAGGCGUCAGCAGCAGUACGAGCAGUGCUUGGACUUGCACCUCUUCUACCGAGACAGUGAGCAAGUGGACAGCUGGAUGAGCAGACAAGAGGCCUUCCUAGAAAAUGAGGACCUGGGGAACUCAGUGGGCAGUGUGGAAGCUCUUCUUCAAAAGCAUGACGACUUUGAGGAAGCCUUUACUGCCCAGGAAGAAAAGAUCACAACCUUAGACAAGACUGCAACCAAACUAAUCGACAAUGACCAUUAUGACUCAGAAAAUAUCGCUGCUAUCCGUGAUGGGCUGUUGGCCCGGAGAGAUGCCCUACGUGACAGGGCUGGCACUCGACGCAGAUUGCUAAAGGAUUCAUGGCUUCUGCAACAACUGUACCAAGACUCUGAUGACCUCAAGAACUGGAUCAACAAGAAGAAAAAGUUGGCAGAUGAUGAAGACUACGCGGAUACACAGAACUUAAAGAGUAGAGUUCAAAAGCAGCAAGUCUUUGAAAAGGAAUUGGCAGAUAAUGCGAUCUUGCUUAACAACCUGGAGAAAACCGGCCAGGAGAUGAUCGAGAGUGGUCACUAUGCUGCUGACAGUGUGGCCAGUCGUGUGAGUGAAGUAGCCGGCCUCUGGAAGGAGCUGCUGGAAGCCACGGCACAGAGAGGAACUCAGCUUCAUGAAGCCAACCAGCAGCUGCAAUUUGAAAAUAAUGCUGAAGACCUGAAGCGCUGGCUGGAAGAGGUGGAGUGGCAGGUUACCUCCCAGGAUUAUGGGAAAGGCCUGGCAGAUGUACGGAACCUUCUCAAGAAACAUGGCCUCCUGGAGUCGGCUGUGGCUACUCGUCAGGAUCAAGUGGACACUCUUUCAGAACUGGCUACCUAUUUUGAAGAGACAGGCCAUCCUGAUUCUAAGGACAUAACUGCAAGGAAGGAAGCCUUGGUGACGCAGUUCGAAGGCCUAAAAGAGCCGCUGGCCACUCGGAAAAAGAAACUCAUUGACCUACUUCGUCUGCAGCAGAUCUGCAGAGACACAGAGGAUGAAGAGGCCUGGAUCCAAGAAACUGAACCCUCAGCAGCUUCUACUUACCUCGGCAAAGACCUGAUUGCAUCAAAGAAUCUUCUGAACAGACAUCAAGUCAUCCUGGCAGACAUUGCCAGCCAUGAGCCACGGAUCCAAGUGAUAACAGAGAGGGGAAACAAAAUGGUAGAGGAAGGACACUUUGCUGCAGAAGAUGUAGCCUCUAGGGUCGAGAGUCUGAACAAUAACAUGAAGUCUCUCCGCGCUCGAGCUGCUAGGAGGCACAAUGACCUGGAGGCCAAUGUCCAGUUCCAGCAGUACCUGGCUGACCUGCAUGAAGCAGAGGCUUGGAUUAGAGAGAAAGAGCCUAUUGUAGACAGCACUAACUACGGGGCUGAUGAAGAAGCAGCUGGGGCUCUUCUAAAGAAGCACGAGGCUUUCCUAGUGGAUCUCAAUGCAUUUGGAAACACUAUGCAAGACCUGAGGGAUCAGGCAGAAGCCUGCCAGCAACAACAAGCCACACCAGUAGAAGGAGCUGCUCUAGAGGAAAGAGUCAUUGCUUUAUAUGACUUCCAGGCCCGCAGCCCUCGAGAAGUCACCAUGAAGAAAGAUGACGUCUUAACUCUGCUCAGUUCCAUCAACAAGGAUUGGUGGAAGGUUGAAGCUGAUGAUCACCAGGGCUUUGUCCCUGCUGUCUAUGUCAGGAAACUGACCUAUGAUGAGUUCCCGACACUCCCACGGCGACGGCGGGAAGAGCCAGGCAACAUCACCCAGCGGCAAGAGCAAAUCGAGAACCAGUACCGUUCCCUCCUCGAUCGGGCAGAAGAACGCAGACGUCGUCUAUUGCAACGUUACAAUGAAUUUUUGCUGGCCUAUGAGGCAGGAGACAUGCUGGACUGGAUCCGAGAGAAAAAGGCAGAAAACACUGGGGUGAAACUAGAUGAUGUCUGGGAGUUGCAGAAAAAGUUUGACGAAUUCCAGACGGACUUGAAGACCAAUGAGCCUCGACUAAGGGAUAUCAACAAAGUGGCUGAUGAUCUACUAUUUGAAAGACUUCUAACACCAGAAGGAGCUCAAAUGCGUCAGGAAUUGAAUGCCCGUUGGGGUUCCUUGCAGAGGCUUGCAGAUGAACAGAAGCAGCUGCUGGGCAGUGCCCAUGCUGUCCAGAUGUUUAACAGAGAAGCAGAUGACACAAAGGAGCAGAUUGAGAAGAAGUGCCAGGCCCUCAGUGUAGCAGACCCUGGCUCAGACCUGUUCAGUGUUCAGACCCUUCAGCGACAGCAUGAGGGCUUUGAGAGAGAUCUCAUACCCCUGGGGGAAAAGGUGACUAUAUUGGAGGAGACAGCAGAGCGGCUCAUUGAAUCCCAUCCAGAUGCCACUGAGGACCUUCAGAGACAGCGAGUGGAACUGAAUGAGGCCUGGGUUGACCUGCAGGGUCGUACAGAGGAUCGUAAGGAGAACCUGAAUGAGGCCCAUAAAUUCUACCUAUUCCUCAGCAAGGCCAGAGACCUGCAGAAUUGGAUCAGUGGCAUUAGUGGCAUGGUAUCAUCCCAAGAGCUGGCUGAGGAUUUAACUGGCACCGAGAUCCUGCUGGAACGACACCAGGAUCAUCAUGCUGACAUGGAGGCUGAGGCUCCUACCUUCCAGGCUUUAGAAGAUUUUGGUGCAAAACUUAUAGAAAGUGGGCACCAUGCCAGUCCUGAAAUAGAAAAAAAACUUCAAGAUGUCAGAAUAGAGAGAGAUGAUUUGGAGAAGGCUUGGCAACAACGCAAGAAGAUCCUACACCAAUGCCUGGAGUUGCAGUUGUUCCAAGGGAACUGUGAUCAAAUUGAGAGCUGGAUGGUUGCACGUGAGAAUUUUCUGAGGUCAGAAGACAAAGGCUCCUUAGAUAGUCUGGAGGCCUUGAUGAAGAAACGAGAUGAUUUGGACAAAGCAAUCACUGACCAGGAAGGAAAGAUCACUAACCUAGAGCAUUUUGCUGGGAGGCUCAUAGCCGAUGAUCACUAUGCCAAGGAAGAGAUUGCUGCUCGGCUCCAGCGCAUCCUAGACAGAUGGAAGGCUCUGAAAGAACAACUGAUUGCUGAGAGGUCAAAGCUUGGAGAUUAUGCUGACCUAAAACAAUUUUACCAUGACCUUGAAGAGUUGGAAGAAUGGAUCAAUGAGAUGUUGCCUACAGCUUGUGACGAAUCCUACAAAGAUCCCACUAAUAUUCAGAGGAAAUAUCUGAAACACAAGGCCUUUGAAAAUGAAGUCCAUGGUCGAGCUGAGCAGGUAGAAGGAGUUAUCGACCUGGGGAAUUCCCUUAUUGAGCGCAAGGCAUGUGAUGGCAAUGAAGAGACUGUGAAGGGACAAGUAGAAGAGCUGAAAAAACACUGGGACCAUCUGCUUGAGAGAACUAAUGACAAAGGACAGAAACUCGAUGAGGCUAGUCGCCAACAGAGGUUCAAUACAAGCAUUCGAGACUUCGAGUUCUGGCUGUCAGAGGCAGAGGCACUACUGGCCAUGAAAGAUCAGGCCAGAGACUUGGUUUCAGCUGGAAAUCUACUCAAGAAGCAUCAGCUAUUGGAAACAGAGAUGUUGGCUCGAGAGGAUGCCCUUAAGGACCUGAAUAAGUUGGCUGCAGAUCUGCUCUCCAGUGGGACCUUCAAUGUUGAACAGAUUGUGGAGAAAAAGGAAAGUGUCAAUGAGCGCUUCCUGAAUGUUCAACACUUGGCAGGUGCACACCAUGAGAAGCUGAAAGAGACCUAUGCCUUGUUCCAGUUCUUCCAGGACCUAGAUGAUGAGGAAUCCUGGAUAGAGGAGAAGUUGCUACGAGUAAGUUCCCAGGACUACGGAAGAGAUCUGCAAGGCAUUCAGAAGUUACUGAGGGAGCACAAACGUCUGGAAGGGGACUUGGUGGCACAUGAACCUGCCAUCCAGAAUGUGCUGGAGAUGGCAGAGAGGCUGGGAGACAAGGCUGCCGUGGGGCAAGAGGAGAUCCAGGAGCGACUGGCUCAGUUUGUGCAACACUGGGAGAAGCUCCAAGAGUUGACCAAAGCUCGAGGGCUUCGUCUGGAAGAGUUCCUAGAAUACUUGCAAUUCAUGGAGAACGCUGAGGAAGAAGAAGCUUGGAUCAGUGAGAAGGAAGAUAUGGUUGCUCAUGGGGAUUCUGGAGAUACGCUAGCUGCUACCCAGAGCCUGCUAAAGAAGCACGAAGCUUUGGACAACGACUUUGCUGUCCAUGAGACGCGAGUGCAGAACGUGUGUGCGCAAGGAGAAGACAUCCUGAGUAAGGAGGAAAGUCAGAAUAAAGAGAAGAUUUCUGCCAAGAUAGAGGCUCUGAAUGAAAAAACUCCUUCUCUGGCCAAGGCAAUAGCUGCUUGGAAGUUGCAACUGGAAGAUGAUUAUGCCUUUCAGCAGUUUAACUGGAAGGUUGAUGUGAUAGAGGCCUGGAUAGCUGAGAAGGAAACAAGCCUGAAGAACAACGGCCAUGGUGCAGACCUCACUACCUUCCUCACCCUCCAAGCAAAGCAGGACACUCUGGAUGCCAGUCUGCAGAGUUUCCAGAAAGAGAGACUUUCUGAGAUUACAGACCUGAAGGACCAGCUGGUGGCCGCUCAGCACAGCCAGACCAAAGCCAUUGAGGAGCGUCACGCUGCCCUGCUGAGGCGCUGGGAAAAGUUGCUGGAAGCCUCUGCAGCUCACAGACAGCAAUUGCUGGAGAAGCAGCUGCCCCUUCAGGAGGCCGAGGAGCUAUUCAUGGAAUUUGCGCACAAGGCUUCAGCUUUCAACAACUGGUGUGAGAAUACUGAAGAAGACCUGUCGGAGCCUGUGCACUGCGUCUCCCUGAAUGAGAUCCGGCAGCUGCAGAAGGACCACGAGGCUUUCCUGGCCUCUUUGACUGGGGCUCAAGCAGAAUUCAACCAUUUGCUGGAACUAGACCAGAAGAUUAAGGCUUUAAAUGUUCCCUCUAGCCCUUAUACCUGGCUAACAGUGGAGGUGUUAGAAAGAAUCUGGAAGCACCUAGAUAGUCUCAUCAAGGAACGGGAGCAGGAGCUGCAAAAAGAAGAAAUAAGACAGGUCAAGAACUUUGAGAUGUGCCAGGAGUUUGAACAGAGUGCCAGUGCCUUCCUUCAGUGGAUCCUGGAGACCAGGGCUCAUUUUCUGGAUGGAUCUUUGCUCAAAGAAACAGGAACUCUGGAAUCCCAGUUGGAAGCAAAUAAGAGGAAGCAAAAGGAGAUUCAGGCGAUGAAGCGCCAGCUGACUAAGAUUGAGGACCUGGGAGAACACUUGGAAGAGGCUCUGAUCCUUGACAUCAAGUACAGCACCAUUGGACUGGCCCAGCAGUGGGACCAGCUCCACCAGCUCGGGAUGCGGAUGCAGCACAACCUGGAGCAACAGAUCCAAGCCAAAGACACCAUAGGUGUGAGUGAGGAGACACUAAAGGAGUUUAGCACAACAUACAAACACUUUGAUGAGAAUCUGACAGGGCGUUUGACUCACAAAGAGUUCCGGUCCUGCCUGAGAGGACUCAAUUACUACUUGCCCAUGGUGGAGGAAGAUGAACCUGAGCCUAAGUUUGAGAAGUUCUUGGAUGCUGUGGAUCCUGGGAGGAAGGGCUACAUCUCACUGGAGGAGUAUACUUCAUUCCUGAUUGACAAGGAGUCGGAGAACAUCAAGUCCAGCGAUGAAAUAGAGAACUCUUUUCAAGCCCUGGCAGAGGGAAAGGCCUAUAUUACCAAAGAGGACAUGAAGCAGGCCCUUACCCCAGAACAAGUGUCAUUCUGUACCGUUCAUAUGCAGCAAUAUAUGGACCCACGGGGUAAAAGCCAUCCUGCCGGCUAUGACUAUGUUGGCUUCACCAAUUCCUACUUUGGCAACUGAUAAGCAACUUCUUGUGGACCACAGAAAACCUUGAUGUGGUGGGAAGUUUUGAGGAUGAAGGGAAUAGGCAAGUGUGAGGAUGAGAAAUUGGCCAAGGGUAUAUGUGUGCAUGUGUGUGUGUUAUAUUCAUUACAGAAGAUAAGUAUGGGAAAUAUGAGCGAUUAACAUAGUUGAAAGAGAGGAGUCAUGAACUUAUUGUGUCUACAACUAGUCAUUGCUAAGGGCUAAAAGGGCUUCUAUUUUUAUUUGUUGUGUUCUUUGUAUCGAUUUUUUUCCUGAUUAGAGAAUAAACUAUUUCUUUUCAUGAAAAAAGUA